GUUAUCAUCCACCCAGCAACCCCCAAACACCCAAUAACAACCACCUCCCUCAGCCUUGUGGGCCCAACCUCCAAUUCUACCUCAACGCUACCCACUCCUUACGAUGCCGAUAGCCCGGGCUACCAGCCAACCCACCCCAAUGCGCUAUUGCCAUUUGUCCGUUCUCCCUUAGGGCUGCCGCAGUAAGGCUGAUAGCGUGCUUGCGUGCUCCCAGCAGAAAAUGGCGCGUGGAAGGAGAAGGAAAAAAGCUGCAUUGCUCUGGAUAACCAGCCAGAUGUUCCAGUUUCUUUUUUUAAUUUUUGCACGGAGAAUUUCGUAGUAAGGGGUAAUUGGCGCCCUUCUUUCAUAGUAAGGUUACGUAUCUACCUAUGGAGAUAUUCUCCCCUCUUAGGGUUUAGGGUGUUGAAGAGGGUGUGGCUAGACGCUGUCUCUUCUUGCCAUCCGUGAUAGGACUUUGUAACUUUGCCUUUUAACCUAUUCUUUUCUUUUAGCCCGAUAUAGUCGGUGGUCUUAUCAUCGCUUGCCGCAUGCAUACUUUAUCUUAACCUUAUCCCUGUACAUAUCUCAUCACCUACUAUUCGGUAUACUACUCAGGAAUGUCAGAGCCCUUUCAUGCCGCGAAAUCACCGGCCCUCCCGGUCGUGGAAUCCUCCACCAACACCAAAUCCCCUCACUCUCAAGAGACGAAAGCGCGCCGGUUAAGAGAAACCGUCGAUAGCAACUAUGCCGACAUCAUCUGUAUCAUUCUCUGCUUCGUCACGGGGCUUUGCGACAGCUCUGCCUUCAAUGCGUGGUCAUGCUUCUUAGCUAUGCAAACCGGAAACACCGUCGUCCUCGGCCUCGGCGCCGCCUCCCUCCCCAGAGAUGACAGCGACAGCUGGCUAAAAUCCCUCGUCUCGAUCGCCAGCUUCGUCACGGGUUCAUUCACAUUCAGCUUCGUCGGACGACACCUCGGUCCCGCUCGUCGCGGCACACUUUUCGCCUCAUUCAUGGUGCAGGUGAUUCUCAUCGUGAUCGCUGUCUCCCUGAUUCAGUCCGGACUUAUCGCGGAAUCCGAAGAUGUCGUCACCUCCGGUCACCAUGGCGGCAAGCUCCUAGAGCUGAUUCCUAUUGGCUUGCUGGCCUUCCAGUCCUCCGGGUCUAUCAAUAGUACGCGCUCGUUGGGGUUCAAUGAGAUUCCGAGUGUUGUUAUCACAAGCGUGUAUUUUGAUAUUGCUUCCGAUAAGAACAUCCUUGCUGUGCAGAAUGUUAAAAGGAAUAGGAGGGUUGCUGGGGUGGUGGCACUGUUGAUUGGGGCUAUUGUGGGUGGGUGGUUGAAUAGGAGUGCUGGGGGUAUGGCGUCGACUUUUUGGUUGGCGGCGGGGAUUAAGUUCGCGAUUGGGUUGGGGUGGUUGUUUUGGAUGCCUGUUAGGGGGUAGAGGGUCUGACUAUGUUGAAGUAAGUUGUUGGAGGGGGGUUUGGG